UGAUCCUCGGGUAAGGACUGCUCUCUGACUUCCCAGCACUUCUAUCUACAAACAACAACAACAACAAUGAUGGAGGACAACAACUUUGAAGGAAUGCUUCAAGUCUUGCUCCCUAUUUUGCGGAACCACAUCAGCUUCCAGUCACUACUGGUCAAGAGACUCAUGUCUGCUCAUCUGGAUUGCUACAGACAGAGAACACGCUCAAGGAAACAGGUACUCCUUCGGAUGAUGGCAAGGAGCCGCUCGUCGGUUUCCUGGACACAACCUACAUCUCAACACUGGUGGGAGUCCGUCGUUCCAGAUUUCAGCCCCCGGCAGUUUGAGAAGACUUUCCGAAUGUCCCAGGAGACGUUCGAGUACAUCUGCACCCAGGUGAAGCACGUCAUGGAGAAGAAGAACACAAACUACCGCUUGUGUGUCCCUGUCCAAAAGCGGGUCGCAAUCGCCGUCUGGAAGCUGGCCACCGGCGACGAGUACCGGACCAUCAGCCGCCUCUUCGGAGUGGGACUGAGCACUGUGUUUAAUUGCGUUCAGGACUUCUGCAAAGCUGUCACCAGGGUGCUGCGUCCUGUUCACAUGAGGUUUCCUGACGCUGAGAAGUUGGUGGAAAUGGCGUCACUCUUCCAGGACCGUUGGGGAGUGCCGCAGUGUGUCAGUGCAAUCGAUUCACACCAUCUUCCAAUAAUGCCACCGAAGGAGUAUCCUCAAGACUAUCGCAACAACAAGGGAUGGCAUUCGGUCAUCCUGCAGGCAGUCGUGGAUGGUAACGGACGUUUCUGGAACGCGAUGGUUGGCGCUGCAGGGAGAAUGAGCGAUGCAAGAGUGCUGAGACAGUCAUAUGUGUGGGACACCCUGAGAGACACUGAAGCACUUAGCAAACACAAGGAGAUCAUCUCUGGCUGUGAAGUGGGACCGUACAUGAUUGGGGACUCGGCGUACCCCCUGCAGAAGUGGAUCAUGAAGCCCUUCACCCAAUCUGCAGAUUUGACCCCCGAGCAAUGCACGUUCAACCACAGGCUGAGCUGUGCGAGUUCGGUCGUGGAGACGAGUUUCAGGAGGUUAAAAGGACGAUGGAGGUGCCUACUCAAAAGAAACAACUGCACGCUGGAGCUGGUCAACAACAUGGCGGUGACCUGCUGUGUGCUGCACAACAUCUGUGAGGAACGUGGGGACAUUUGCUCAGUGGAGCACCAAGACAGACACCUGAACGUUCAGCCUCGUGCUCAGGUUUUACGGGAGCGUGCUGACCCAGAAGGAGCUGAAGUGAGGGGCGCGUUAAUGGACUACUUUAACCUACUUUAACUUGUGGUCAAGCUUUACGGGAGUGUGAUGAGGUUAUUUCAGUAAUACAAAGGCUUGCAUGUGUAUUCUAAACAGUGUCUUUAAUUUGAAAGUCAGUGCCAAUACAGUAGAAAUGAAAAUCCCCAUGUAAGUGUGUGAUGUUUGAAUAAAGAAACAAAACCAA